CGCCGCGUCCGUCCGUCGUCGCUGUCUCUCGGGCCGUCACUCUCGUCACGCCGGCCGUCGGACGCAGUAUAUAACAUCACGCUGCACCAAGUACGCGACACGACCGCGCGCUCCGCCAUCGACGCACCACCGCCGGUGCACGAAGCGACUGCUAAGAUAUUAUAUUUUUUUCUUCUGCAUGAUAUUGUCGGAAGACGUUAAUAAUAAUUGUCGUGCACGGCCCGUCCGACAUUUUCUCCACGAGGUAACGUGGAAGCCGUCAGCCGCGUGCUGCAGCUGGUGAAUAAUAUUAAACUAUUAUAAUACAGUGACCGACAGUAAUAGCGACGCGAAGACAGGGGAUAACGUCGCACCGCAUAGCAUCGCCAGCAGUCGAAAUGACCAAUCAACCGACCAUAGUGAUCAAAAACCCGACAUGGUGGAAGAGGAGGACGAACUUGGAACGGAAUCUGACCAUCGUCGCCGGAGGAAUGCUAUUGGCGUCCUCUUUCCUGGCCCUUGCUCUGUCCACGUUGUACUUCAACCACGGCUGCAAUAUGGAGAGCCUUCCGUCGAUAUCAGCUGAAAAUAAUGGUUUGAUUGGCAAAUCACGAGGUAGAAGUCUGUUCCAAAACAGGGAAUACGAAAAGGAUAAUAUCUGUCUCACUACCGGUUGUGUGAAAGCUGCGGCUUCCGUAAUCAAUAAUAUGGAUCCAUCAGUAGAUCCUUGUGAUGAUUUCUACCAGUUCGCGUGUGGUAAUUUUAUAAAAGAAACAAUCAUCGACGACGACAAAACGUCGCAGACCACGUUCAGCGCGAUUAGCGAUUCGCUGUUAAACAAGCUUCGAAUGAUCGUCACCGAACCCAUUCAACAGGAUGAACAAAAACCGUUCAAAAUGGCGAAAUUACUGUACAAAUCGUGCAUGGACAAAGAAAAAAUCGAAAAGGAAGGCUUGGGACCGAUCAAGGAAAUGUUGAAAAGCCUCGGCGGAUGGCCGGUGUUGGAAGCCGAUAAAUGGAACGACGCGGAUUUCACUUGGAAGGACAGCGUGUACAGGUUCAGAAAGGCGGGCUACAGCGUGGACUAUUUCAUCGACUUCUCCAUCAGCACGGACUUAAAAAACACCACGAUGAGAGCCAUUGACUUGGAUCAAGCGUCCUUGGGACUCAGCCGGGAGUACCUGGUCAAGGGCACCGACGACAAAAUCGUGGCCGCGUACUACAGGUACAUGGUGGACAUCGCGGUGCUGUUCGGCGCCGACAAGCAGAGGGCCACCAAGGAGCUGAGGGAGUCGUUGGACUUCGAGAUAGGAUUGGCCAAGAUAUCGCUGCCGCUGGAAGAGCGCCGGGACGCUGCCAAGCUGUACAACCCGAUGAAGAUCGCAGACCUACAACAAAAGUUCCCGAGCAUACCGUGGCAAGAGUACCUGAACAAACUGUUGAACCCGCUGACCAUUCGGCAGGACGACAUUAUUAUUGUAAACUCACCGAAAUAUUUGUCGGACCUCGAAGCCAUACUCAGCAAUACACCCAAGAGGAUCCAAGCGAAUUACGUGAUUUGGAGAGCUGCCGCGGCGUCCGUCAGUUAUCUGACCGAAGAAAUGAGAAAAAGACAAUUGGAGUACAGCACCGAGCUCUCUGGUAGGACUGAAAGAGAACCCAGAUGGAAGGAAUGCGUGGACAUAAGUUCCGGAAGUUUUUCACUGGCCAUCGGGUCGUUGUACGUAAGACGAUUCUUCGACGAAAAUGCUAAAAAGAACGCUUUAGAAAUGGUGAAUGGUAUCAGGGAGGAAAUGUACAAAAUAUUGUCGUCGAUUGAUUGGAUGGACGAUGAAACAAGGAAAAACGCUAUAGACAAAGCAAAAUCGAUGACCAGUCACAUUGCAUACCCUGAUGAAUUAUUGGACGACAGCAAGUUGAAUGCGUUCUAUGAAAAUCUUGAAGUCAACGACAAUGACUAUUAUACGUCAGUAUUAAAUUUGACUAAAUUUGGCACUGACUACAGCUUUUCGAAAUUAAGGCAACCUGUUAACAAAUCGGAUUGGAUUACUCACAGUAAAACAGCAAUAGUGAAUGCAUUUUAUAGUGCUAUUGAAAACAGCAUCCAGUUUCCCGCCGGUAUCUUGCAAGGCGCGUUCUUCUCCAGCGAUCGUCCUCGGUACAUGAAUUACGGCGCCAUUGGGUUCGUAAUCGGUCACGAGAUCACCCAUGGUUUUGAUGACCAAGGCAGACAGUUCGAUAAACAGGGUAACCUGGUGGACUGGUGGGCAGAGGAAACGAAGAAACGCUACUUGGAAAAGGCGUCGUGCAUCAUCAGACAGUAUGGAAAUUACACGGCUCACGAAGUCGGUCUCAAGUUGAACGGCAUCAACACGCAGGGCGAGAACAUCGCGGACAACGGUGGCGUGAAGGAGGCGUACUACGCGUACAACGUAUGGACCAAACGACACGGCGUCGAACCUCGUCUUCCCGGACUCCAGGACUACACACCGCAGCAGAUGUUCUGGGUCAGUGCCGCCAACGUGUGGUGCUCCAAGUACCGACCGGAAACACUCAAGAACCGCAUCACCACUGGUUUCCACUCGCCCGGACGUUUCCGGAUCAUCGGGCCGUUCUCCAACCUGGAAGACUUCAGCAACGACUUCCGGUGUCCGCUUGGUUCCAACAUGAACCCGGUCAAGAAGUGCCAAGUGUGGUGAAACCACCCUCCAACUGUGCACAUGUCAUCAUUAUUAUAAUUAUUGUGAUUAUCAUGCGAAAUGAUGAUGAUGUGUGUUUAUUAAAAAAUCUCGUCGUGCUCCUUAUCAUAUAACAUCAGCACAAAAAUACUGUUGUAAAGGUGUAAAAUAUUAUGAUAUAUGUACUCGAAUAAUACGAUCAAACCAGUCCCUUGACUUGUCCCAUCCCACCACCAUUCGUCACCCAAAAAAACAUUCCCGUCGACGACUUAACUCUUCGCUCCCGCAGAUCGCCCUCCCCAUCCUCUGGCAGAACAUAAUCCUCCCGCGAGCUUUAUCUGUGGUAAUUUAUUUA